GAUAAUGGCUUCUCCCAGUUCCAGAUCUCAUGGAGUUAUCACCUGUGAUCUUUGUGAGAACCCUGCCAAGAAAUUUUGUAACAGCUGCCAAGUCAGUUUAUGUGCAAAAUGUGUCCACAAACAUGUCAAGAAAUUCAAGUCUCUGACGCAUGACAUAGUUCCCUUCAAGGAUAGAAUGACACUUGUUUUGCCCGAUUGUGAAUUUCAUUCUAACCAGAGAUGUGAGGCCCAAUGUCAGCAGUGUGAUGUCCCUGUCUGCAUUAAAUGCAUCAUCAAUUCCCAUAAUGGUCACAGUAUAACAGACAUGUCAAAGUUCUUCAUUGAAAAGAAAGAAGAAAUCCGUAAGGAAACUCUCGAAAUUGAAUCCAGUAUUUUGCCAAUGGUUGAGAAGAAGGCUUCUUUUGCAAGAAUUAACAUGGCAUACAGAACAGAAGACUUCAUCGACAUGGAAAUAGCAAUGGUGGAACAUAGACAGUUCUGGCAUCAAGAAGUCGACAUCAUCUUCGAUAAACUCAGUUCGACAAUAAAGUCUAUGAAAGAUAGAUAUCGGUGUGUCAUGAAAUUCCACAAAUCACAUCUAGAAAACAUGAUUCCUCAAAUAACACAAACAGUUCAACAAAACAAAGAAGUCUUGAAGUCCAAAAAAGUGUCUGAUGUCACAAAUUAUAAAUCCCAACUGAUGAAAUACCAAAACAACUAUGAUUGUAUUGACAUCAAUGAGCCAAUUCCUUCCUUAUUAACCAAUACUUUUGAAGAGAACGUUCUUCAAAAGAGAGAACUGUAUAUAGAGCUGGGUGAAUACAAGGCUACAUUGACACAGGGACCAGAGUUAUUUGCCAAAGCCAGAGAUAUUUCCAUCAUUUCUACUGAGGAUAGAAGUCCAUUGAGAGUGGCCUGUGUAGAAGAAGAUAAAGCCUGGGUUAGUUACUUAGAUAAAACCCUAAGAUGUAUUGACCAACAGGGGACUGUACACGAGACCCUUACCCCCACGUGUCAAGUAGCUGACUUUUCUGUUACUUCAUCAGAUGAACUCAUUUAUAUUGAUUCUGAAAACAAAACAGUGAACAAAGUCAACCAAGGAAAGACAGAGGUACUGAUCACCCUACCAAAAGACUGGACACCUCUAUCACUAGGCCGUACAACAUCAGAGAACAUUCUUGUCAAUCUGGAGAAAGACAACCGACAUAAAAUUGUCUGCUUUCAGGGACAAACAGUUAAACAGGUAAUUUAUAAAGACAAGAAGAACAGAGAAAUCUUUGGACGUGGAUGUUCUUCUCUGAGUAUGGCUGAGAACGGCAAUGGAGACCUCUGUGUUGCUGAUUUUAAUGCCGGCAUUGUGGUUGUGUUGAAUAAGGCAGGAAGAGUCCAUUUCCGAUAUGACGGUACACCAGCCAUGAGGGAGGAAGAAUUCAAACCUGAUCAUAUUGUGACAUGCUCCAUGUGUCGGAUCAUUGUGGGGGAUUUCAUCAACAAUGGUUGUCUACACAUUCUAAAUAUGGAUGGACAGUUCUUGAGAUGUGUGGAUAAUUUUGGAGUAAAUAGCCUCGAUGACAUCACUGGACUGAGUGUGGACCCUGAUGAUAGGUUGUGGAUAGUAGUGGAUUGUGAAGAAGUUAAAGUGAUUCAGGUCUUUAGAUAGGAAUUCCAAUGUAGUGAAGGGGAUUCAGAUCUUUAGACUUUAGAUCUUUUAAUAUAGUAAUGAAGUGAAGGUGACCCUGGUCUUUAGACAGGAUUUUUAUAUAGUGAAUGUGAGCCAGGUCUUUGGACAGGAUUAUAGUAAAUGAAUGUGAGCCAGGUCUUUAGACAGGCUUGUAGUAGGAAGUAAAGGUGAUGCUUAAUUUACUAGAAGAUGAGUUCUUUCUGUGUUUCAAAUGUGGUAUUAUUAAUAUACAUUUCAAUUUUCUUUUUUAAUUUGUUUUUAUCACAUUGUUUUCACUUUGCAAUAUAUUUUUUUAAUAUUUAAUUGUACGUGGUAGGUCCAAAAGAAACAGUUGUUACCUGAAAUCCCCUAAAAUGUAACCUGCAGAUAAUCCCUUCAUCCUGUAAAUGAUACCAAGUUUUAACCCUUUGUCAUGAUGAUUAAAGAUAGUAAGAAUUUUCUAUAAAUGUUUGAAUACCUGUGAAUGUGACAAUUAGAUAUUGAAUAACCCUCAUGAUUAUUUUUCUGCUUUGCAAACUACUGAAGAGUACAUGUAAUGAAAAAAAAUAUUAUUGAAAAAAAGGUUUGUUUGAGGAAUAAAAUGUACAGUCAGGUGCAUAAUACAUUAACAUUUUAUUUUCAAAAAUAGGGCAAAUGCGUUUUUUGUUUUUUGUUGUUGUUGUUUUUUUUUUUUUUGUCACAAUGAGUUACCUCUCUUUGUUUCUGUCCUUCAUUAAUUUCUUUUUCCCCAUCAUUGGGAAC